GAGAAGACGGGGUGCCGUCGGUAGUUUAUUUUUUUUUAAUUAUUGUAUUUUUUUUACACUUCUGUUUGCAACUAUUACGCCGAAGUCAGCAAGGCGACGAAAAGAGCUUUUCCACCGAGCCCGGCCAUGGACGAACAGGCAGGGCCCGGCGUGUUCUUUAACAACAAUAAUAACUCUGUCUUAGCCGGCGGUGGGAAGGGACCGCUGCCCGAUGGCGACGCUGGGGAGGCGGCUCGAGCGCAGUAUAGCAUCCCGGGGAUCUUGCACUUCCUGCAGCACGAAUGGGCCCGUUUCGAAGUGGAAAGGGCACAGUGGGAAGUGGAGCGGGCCGAACUGCAGGCCCAGAUCGCCUUCCUGCAGGGGGAACGGAAAGGCCAGGAGAACCUAAAGAAGGACCUCGUCAGGAGGAUCAAAAUGCUGGAGUACGCGCUGAAGCAAGAGAGACGAGGCCAACGAGAACGAGACUUCUGGCUCGCUCAACAAUCAGCUGUCCUGGAAACAAGGCCGGCAGCUCCUCAGACAGUACCUGCAGGAGGUGGGCUACACAGACACCAUCUUGGAUGUAAAGUCCCAACGAGUCCGAGCUCUGUUAGGACUCGCCGGGGAUGGAGGAGCAAAGACGGGCGAGCGAGCGAGCACCGAGCCUUUGGUCAACGGGACGGACUCGACAACAAAGGGCAUCGGCACUAAAGGGAAUGCCGACCUCUCCGACACGAGCGCCGUGCUGGAGGCCUUCAAAUUAAUUGAGAAUGCCGCAGCUGAGCUGAGCGAUGAAGACGAGGAAGAGGAUAGCGAGGGGCGAGACAGGACUAACGUGGAGUCCAGGACUAUGGUGAGAAAGAACCCCCCGUCCUCGUCCUUGCCGGCCAGCAUGGACACCAGUGAGGACCCUGACGCAGAGGAGGCGUUGAAGAGCUUCGACUUCCUGCCCCUUGACGACAUGGACACCUCGUCAGAGUCCAGAGGGACCGGAGACGGCACAGACUGGGAAAAAGACGACCAAGGUCCGAUUUCUGAGGCCUGGGACGUGGACCCGGGCCUGAUAACCAAACUCAAGGAGCAGUACAAAAAGGAGCGCAAGGGGAAAAAGGGGGUGAAGAGGCCCAACCGGUCCAAGCUGCAAGACAUGCUGGCUAACCUGAGGGACGGAGAGGACUUGUCUCACAUGCAGCCUCCGUCCGCUCCUCAGCCCCGGCCCAACGUGGCCCGCUUCAACGAACACGAGGGAAAUCGACCGGACGAAGUUGAGGCGCUUACUUUCCCUCCCACCUCAGGAAAGUCCUUCAUCAUCAGCACAGACGAGGCCAUGGAGAACGUUUUAGGGCUGGGGGAUCUGGCAGGGCUCACUGUGGCCAACGAGGCCGACAGUCUGGCGUACGAUAUUGGCAACAAUAAGGACGCCAUGAGGAAGACGUGGAACCCAAAGUUCACUCUGCGGAGUCACUUCGAUGGGAUUCGUGCCCUGACCUUUCAUCCCGUGGAGCCUGUCCUCAUCACGGCUUCAGAGGACCACACGCUCAAAAUGUGGAACCUUCAAAAGACCGCGCCUGCCAAAAAGAGUACGUCUUUAGAUGUGGAGCCCAUCUACACCUUCAGAGCCCACAGGGGGGCUGUGCUGAGCGUGGUCAUGAGCAGUACGGGGGAGCAGUGCUUCAGCGGAGGGGUUGAUGGCACCAUCCAGUGUUGGAACACGCCCAACCCCAACAUCGAUCCUUACGACUCCUACGACUCGUCGGCGCUGCGCGGAGAGCUGAGCGGACACACGGACUCGGUUUGGGGUUUGGUGUACAGCAGCACGCAUCAGCGCCUCCUCUCCUGCUCUGCGGACGGCACCGUGAGACUGUGGGACGCCAACACCACCUCCCCCGCCCUCGCAGUAUUCAACGAAAACAAACAGCUGGGCAUUCCCUCCUCUGUAGACCUGGUGUGCAGUGAACCAGCCCAUCUGGUCACAUCUUUCACAAAUGGCCAGAUCGGCCUCUUCAACAUGGAGACCCGCCAACUCGUCCUCAGUCUGGAAUCUGGUUUGGAGCCAGACGUUCCCUGUCAGAUCAACAAAGUCCUCAGCCACCCCACCCUCCCCGUCACCAUCACGGCUCAGGAGGACCGACACAUCAAGUUCUUCGACAACAACAGCGGGAAGCUGAUUCACUCCAUGGUGGCCCACCUGGACGCUGUCACCAGCUUAGCUGUGGACCCGAACGGACUUUAUCUCAUGUCAGGCAGUCACGACUGCUCCAUCCGGCUGUGGAACCUGGAGAGUAAAACCUGCAUCCAGGAGUUCACGGCUCACAGGAAGAAGUUCGAGGAGUCCAUUCACGACGUGGCGUUCCACCCGUCCAAAUGCUACAUCGCCAGCGCCGGGGCGGACGCUCUCGCAAAGGUGUUUGUAUGACGUGGAGCUACAUGUGCCUGCCCCCCUCCCCCACAUGCCUCGCUCUCUGUCUCCCGUGAUCAGGGACCAAUAGAGACUCAGCAGGGGACGAACUGUCAGGCAGGGGUCCAGUCCCACUUCUCGCAGCCCACUCCUGUCAGACCUGCAGACUUUGUAGCCUCCAGCCUUCAACAGGCUGUGGCUCGUCUUUGAGAGGAUUGGUGGGGGGGGUCGGUCAGGAGGAGAACUGCUCUCUGGUCCCCCACCCACCAUCCAGGCAGGCCUGGGUGUGAUGGGCCACAGCGCCCCUGCAGACAGACUAAAACCUCCACAGAAUGGAGCCUCAGGACAAGUUAGUGAGGAGUGCCCCCCCCCCUCUUCGUCUUCUUGCUUAUCCAAGUUCCCCUCAGACUCUCGACCUUCGACCUCUUAGAAAAACCAAGUCCAGCCCCCACUUUUCUCCAAGUCAGGUUGUGUUUCAGGGCUCAGAAGGA